GCCACCAUUGACCAUUGACCAUUGACCAACAACCGCCGACCAACAACCAUCGAUCAUCGCUCUCAACCUUCAACCCUCUACCUCCAAUUAUUGGCCGUUAAACCAUUCCUCAAAACAACCUACGUCGGAUAUCGAUUCAUUUGACAUUCACAUGUCGCAACGUACAGACGACGGACAGGACUGGGCUGCUGACACUACUGUUGCUGCUACCUCGGAUAGUAGCGAUACCGAGGACCCUGCCAUCAUUACUCACCGGUCACGUCGUCGACGCUCCCGUCCAGCCUCGACCCAGUUCUCCACACCAGCGUCCACCACAGCAUCCACGGCCCCGUCCUCGGUAGCAACUUCACCUGCCUCGACCUUGCGGACAAGCAUCGGCACAGACACCGAGCACACGAAUCUCUCACUAAUACCGCAUCCCUCAGCAGAGACUGUGCCAGAUAUAUCCGUUACAAGUAUUCGCCAAGAUCUCCUGUCGUCGAUCCGUGCCAGCGCUAAUGCUUCGCCUUCUGCCGUUGCUGCUGCCUCUGUAAUGGCUGCGGUCACGCCUCUCUGGCCGAGCGCCUCAGAUCGUGAGCACACCUCCCUCAGCAUCGUUCCGUCUACUCUUCACUAUCCACAACUAUCUGUGCGCAGGACCCAGCAGAGGACGACACCCCAGACACUCAACCGACAUGCCCACCUUCCUCUUCCGGAGCGUGAAGACUCGAGUCGUCCGCAGCGGGCUAUCACCUUUGGUACGCUCAAGAAGGCAUCCAUGGCCAAUCGCAACCUUGCGUCGUCAUUCACCAAAAAGUCAAAGAUGGUCACCCUGCCCUCAUACUUUCGUCAUACAACCUUCAAGCAGCACUUCGAGCCAGAGGGCGUCGUGGCCUCUGAUCAGAAUACAGAGACAUCGCAUCCAGAGAGAGAGACCUCAAAGCGAAGACGUCUGCUUGUCGAUAGCAGUCGACGGCGACACAUACAUUCCUAUCAGGACAGUGAUAGCAGCAGCACUAGCAGUGGAGAAAGCAGCAGUAGCAGCAGCAGCAGCAGUGGGAGCGAAUCUGGGGGCAGUUUGAACGAGAAUGGAAAUGGUUCCAUUAUUCCGAAACCACAACGACGUCCAUUACGGUAUCAGCUCCCAUCACGAUGGAGUACUAUUGACAAGACGGAAAAAACUGAGCUUUCUGAGGACGACCUGCAGGUUCAUUACAUUGGUACAUGUCACUUCUUCUUAUUUUCUUUUUUCUGCAGGUAUUUUGAGGCUAGCCGUUUGACAUGUUUUGGCAACGCUUUUCAGGCCCUGGCAGAUUAGACAGCGAUGCUUCUGCGGUCCGUGCAAACCGUCCUAUCCCACCGCAGUGUGGCGUGUAUUAUUAUGAAGUGUAUGUCAAAAGCAAGGGCCAGCAAGG